CAAACCUUACACCAGACAUUCCUUGAUUUUAAUGGUAUGUAAAGUAUAUAGGUAAGAAUUAUUACAUUAUGUAGUAGUAGUAAAGAAUUAUGACUUAUAGUCAUUAUAUAAAUCUGGUUUUGUUUUUUUUCGUAGGUAGAUUAAUGCAGAUGGAUUGAGCCAUGCGAAGAAUAUCAGAAACACAGUGGGUUGGUAUCUAAUAGACGGUGAGUCCUGAAGCUAAUGUUAUUUAGUUAUUGUUCACAUGCCUUUGUGUUGCUGUUAAUGUUUUAGCUUUGAAUGCUUGUUCACCUUAUUAACGUUAUCAUAUGAAGAAUUAACAAGAUCUAAAUACUGAAAUACUACCAUUCUUAAUGGCUACUGUAGUUAUAUGACUCAGAGGUUGUUAAUGUAUAUGCUUUAUUAUUUCCUGAUGUGCUGAGGAUUACUGCAUGCAUUAAUUUAUCUAGUUAAAGAUUACUACAUGCUUAUCUGUGGAGAGUCUGGUAAGGCGAGCUACUGUAGGGGUUUCACAUAAUUUGAUUCACCUAAAUGAAUCGGUUCAAAGGAAUCGACUCAGUAAAGUGAUUCAUGUUGACCAUCACAUGCUUGUGUCUAUCAGCAAAUAUCCGUCACCUGUUAGCAGUCAUCUUCAUAUCCUUUACAUGAAAUUUGAAUAAUAUAAAAUAAUACAUUUAUACGAAAAGGACAGGUUAUACAUAAAGUCAAACUGGUUUGAAAGGAUUCACAAUCCACCCUCAUUCACCGUCAGGGUUCCUAUACUGGACUUAAACCCUCCCAGAGCAUUUAAAACUAGCCAAAACUUUAUAAAUAGACCUUUCCUUAACUGUAUUUAUGAUUAAUAACAUGUCUUCUUAAAAGUAAAGAACACUACCUCAUAGAUACCAGUCAUGAUUCCAUAUUUUCAUUUUUAUUUCAAUCCCAGUGAGAUUAAAAAUAGCCUAAAUGGGAGGGAAAUUGUCCAGUCUCCCACCACUGUUCACCUUUAACUGUCCCUGCUUGACAGCUUGGGCCACAGUGCUUCCCCUCACCAGCUCUGGAUGUGUUAGAGAUUUACCUUCGACGUUUUAUCCCCCCCAAUUUAUUUCUCUUCGAAUGUAUUCUAGUUUUUGUGCGUCAAGGGGAUUUUGGAUGAUUUAAACGCCCUACUUGCUAAAGGUUGCUCAAGGUGCCUGGUGUGUGUGAUUUUUUGUGUGUGUGUGUACGCACGAUGGGGAUCAAAGCAGCUCUUCCCAAGUAUGAGCUCUAUUUUUAUUAUGUGGUGCUGUCCAUGGCAAUGCUCUGGGCUGCUAGCUGGAUUUUUGAGGUGUCCAGCUCGAAUGUAAACCGAAAAUCCUUCAAGUCCAGCAUCCAGCCCGGAUGGUACUACUUUGGCAGAAAAAUGGAUACGGCUGAUUCAGAGUGGAUGAUGUGGUUCUCCACAUUCCGCAAGCACAUCGUCUUCGCCCUGACUGGCCAUGUCUUAUUCGCCAAGAUUUGCUCCAUGCUGGCUCCUCAGUACCGGUCUCUGGUCUACAUGGUGUACGGUGUUCUUGCCAUUCUCACGACUAUGGGUUGGACCUACGUGAUGCUCAUCCUGUCCCACUGCGUGCUGCUCUAUAGUAUCUCACUCGUCAAGCUCCGAUGGCUCUGUUUCACCGCCGGACUCAUCACACUCGCCACUUUUAAGAUGGAGCCAUUUGUUUCCUGGCAGGUUGGGUUCGUGAGUGGAGACUUUGCUCUGCGCCCGGUGCUCUUUUAUGGCGGCUGCAGCUUCACAAUCAUGCGCUGCAUGAGCUUCGCUCUGGAGAACUGCGAGAAGAAGGAGGGUCACUACAGCAUCCUGGAGAUGCUCAAGUACAACUUCUACCUCCCCUUCUUCUACUUCGGACCCAUCAUGACCUUCGAUAAAUUCUAUAUCCAGGCUAACAAUCCAGACUUGAGCCGUAAAGAGCGGGAGAUGUGGAACAUUUCCAUCCAGGCCUUAUUACACUUGGGAGUUAUUAUCAUGGUGGCUAUCGUCUUCCAUUUCAUGUAUAUUCUGACCCUUCCAAGUGACAUGAAGCUGCUGAAACACCUCUCAGACUGGACUGUCGCGGGUUUGGCGUAUAUGAAUCUGGUGUACGACUGGGUGAAAGCCGCCGUGAUGUUUGGCGUUGUAAACACAGUGUCUCGACUGGACCACCUGGAUCCUCCCAAACCUCCCAAAUGCAUCACGAUGCUCUAUGUCUUCUCUGAAACGCACUUUGAUCGAGGAAUCAAUGACUGGCUCUGCAAGUAUGUGUAUAAUUACCUCGGUGGUAAACAUGAUAAUGUGCUGGAUGAGUUGGUCGCCUCACUCUGCACGUACGGCAUCACGGCGCUGUGGCUCGGUCCGGGCUGGGUUGUCCUCAUCUGGGCUUUCUUCAACUGCUUUGGCCUCAACUUUGAGCUGUGGAUGGCCAAGUUCUUCUCCAUGGAGCCCUUCUUUACCAUUGAGACGGCAAUGUCAGAAUCCAUGUCUCGCAGAAUUAGAGCUGUGUUUAAUACCUUCAACUUCUGGAGUAUCGUCCUGUACAACAUCCUGGUCAUCAACAGUCUUGACUUUGCGAAUCUUGUUGCCAAGAGGUUAUUGCUGAAAGGUUUCCCUUUAUCCACCAUCACUGUGAUGUUUGUGACCUAUUGCUUGGUGCAGAUAAUAAAAGAGAGAGAAAGGAAGCAGGCUUUGAUUGAUGACCCUGAUCCUGUACCUCCUCCUGCCCCCGUUCCUGCUCCAACUACCAUCAAGCCCCAAGCAGAGGCUGAGGCCACUGCUGCGGACCCCAACAAGGAAAAGUCAGAGUAGGAAGACAUUACACGGUUAGACUAUUUUUAUGGGUUUGAGUUGCAUAUUGCAAAAAAAUGAAAAAACAACAACACAGUAUUACAUAACUUAGAAUGUAUACGAAGGGUUUUUACACAGAACAAAUACACAAUAACAUUGUAAUAAACCUUAAAGAUAAGCAAGUUUGCUCACAGUUAAUAGACACAAUUAGCAUGCGUAAUUAGCAAUUUAUAAUUGCAGCUCUUACAUGAUGGCACUGUUUACUGCAAAUGCUUUGAAAGAACUCUCAUAUCUGUACAUAAACUCUUGCUCUAAGAAAUAAAAAGACUGAAAAUGUUUCCAAGUGCUUAAAUAUAUGAGUGUUGUGUGUUAAUGUGUAUAUUACCAGUUUGCUUUAAGAAAUAAAAAAACUGAAAAUGUCAGCCCUAGAGGAAUCAUUUCACUAUUUAUGGUGUAAGUUCCCAUGAGUAGAGCAUGACAGAAACCUGCUCUAAUAUUAUAUGACCAGCUAUUUGUUGUAUUGUCAUCUGACACAUCAUCCUGCUUCUAUAGCAACAAAUCCCAAAUCAAACUGAGUGAUUCAUAUAAUCACUCAUAUUCAUGAGAUUGUUCAUCUCUUCACACUGUGUAGUAUUUCUGUAGACUUCUGUAAGCAUAUAAGCACACAGUCUCUCUCGC